AUGGGUUUGCUUGCGCUCGGAACGGCUUUGGAUUGGCCAGAUGCCAAACAGCAUGCGCACAAGGUCAGGGAAUGGGGCAUUCAGCAACUGCUCGAAAUCUGGAACAAGGCCAAAGGCAAGGAACGGGAUGCUUUGCUGUGGGGUGACGAGGUCGAGUACUUGGUCGUCACAUACGCAAAGGACGAGCCCAAAGUCCUGCUGUCGCUUCGUCAAGCCGAUAUCUUGAAGGCCUUGGCUGCCGAUGAGGAACUCGUUGCCAACGGAGGAGGUGUUCCCGAGAUUCAGGAUUGCCAGAAGCAGUCCAAUCCACUUCCAGUGUUUCAUCCUGAGUUUGGUAGAUUCAUGCUCGAGGCUACUCCUGGAAAACCCUGGGGAAUAGGAUUCAAGGAGCUUCUCGGUGUUGAGCCGGAUAUGAAGCUCCGGAGGAAGAUCGCCAAGGAUCACAUGAAGUCGAACGAGUACCCGAUCACGCUCACGACGUUUCCCCGGCUUGGUGUUCCCGGUGUCUUUACAGAACCUUACUAUCCACCAUCAGGGUCAAAACUGCGCUCGCAGUUUGUCCCGGAUGAGAUCGCUAACCCUCACAUCCGUUUCCCGACACUGGCUGCCAAUAUUCGAUGGAGGCGAGGUAGAAAGGUGCAAGUGAACGUGCCUGUCUUCCACGAUCAAAAUACGCCAAACCCCUGGAAGGACCCAACGGUCAACUAUGAUUUGCACAACUGGCCCGAAGAUGAUGAUGUGCGGAAUGGCGCCAGCCCGGAUAACUUCAUUCACAUGGAUGCAAUGGCAUUUGGAAUGGGCAGCUGCUGCUUGCAAAUAACUUUCCAGGCGAAAAACAUCACGGAAGGCAGGAAGAUGUAUGAUCAGCUGAGUCCACUGGGCCCGAUCAUGUUGGCUCUCACGGCAGCAACACCGAUAUACAAGGGCUUUUUGGCAGAUACGGAUGUUCGAUGGAACCAAAUCAGCAGGGCCGUAGAUGACCGCACAGCAGAAGAGCUGGGAGAAAAGCCGCUGAAAGAAAGCCGCUGGAGAAUACCCAAGUCGCGAUAUGCAUCAAACUCGACAUAUAUAUCCACAGACAGCAGACUCAGGCCGGAGUACAUGGACCCCAACCUCAUCAUAGACGACGAAAUCAAACAACAAUUGCUUGAUGGCGGCAUGGACGACCGUCUUGCAACACACUUUGCUCACCUCUUCAUCCGAGAUCCCAUUGUUAUUUUCUCUGAGGACCUAAAGGAGCUAGACUUGACGAAAGCGGAUCACUUUGAGAACAUUCAAUCUACUAACUGGCAACACAUGCGGUUCAAGCCUCCCCCUGCCGGAAGUGAUAUUGGCUGGCGCGUCGAGUUCAGACCGAUGGAAAUUCAAAUCACCGAUUUCGAAAACGCAGCGUUCUCUGUGUUUAUGGUUCUCAUCACACGGGCUAUCCUAUCGUUCGAUCUGAACUUUUACAUCCCCAUAAGCAAGGUGGAUGAGGGCAUGGAGACGGCACAUGCCAGAAAUGCCGUCCUGGAAAAGAAGUUUUACUUCCGCAAGAACCCGUUCCCUACCCGUCCGCCGCGGAGUGCCAUGGCAUCUGGCACCACCACGCCUAUGAUCAGCAGACCGCCGACACCCAGCGGCCCAGUAGAGGACGAGUAUGCUCUCAUGACCGUCGACGAGGUGAUCAACGGCUCCAACUCGGAAGAGCACGACUUUCCGGGUCUGAUCCCUAUCGUCGAGAGCUACCUCGACUCCGUGAACGUGGAUGUACAGACGCGCUGCGAGCUAGACACAUACUUGAAGCUCAUCCGUCUUAGGGCCAGUGGGGAGCUGUGGACGGCGGCGAAAUGGAUCAGGGAGUUUGUGGACAGGCACCCGGCCUACAAACAUGACAGCGUUGUUGAUGAUGAGCUCAACAAAAGCCUGAUCGGUGCCGUGAUUGACAUCACGGAUCGAGAACAGAUCGGCAAGGGCUGGAAGGGCCUAGAUGUUCCUCACUUGGACAACUUGCUGGGAAAUUUCAGGGGCGGAUGCGGCGGUUCGAGUAAGUAG